UGUCAAAUCCUUUCCCCGUGACGUCCCUUCGGCUGCAGGACGCUUGUGGGACAGCGCGUACUGAUGAUGGAGAUGUGACACUUUGGCUCAGAGCGGAUCUCACUGUGCGUCCUGCGCCUCCCUGGACACAUCUGGAUACUGUGCCAAAUGGGACCCGCACCUCGCCCGCUGCGUUUGGGUGAGACCAGGGGCUCGUGCGUCCUCUCCACCACGCAUCCAUGAACUUUUUGGUUGUGCGCGCGCCGCUGCACCUUCCUCCUCACGGACCAUGAAGACGAGUCGCCGGUGCAGGACCCUGCUGUCAGUCAGCCUCAACUUCUUCGCCCUCCUCUUCUCCAUCACCGCCUUCAUCACCACUUACUGGUGCGUGGGCACGCAGAGGGUCCCCAAGCCCAAGUGCAGCAAGCUGCGCACGCACCAGUGCAUCGACUACGGCGUGAACGAGACUGACCCCAACAAGGUGGUGUACAGCUGGGAGACCGGGGACGACCGCUUCCUCUUCCGCCAGUUCCACACCGGCAUCUGGUUCUCCUGCGAGGAGAACAUCCACGAUGAGAGUGAGAGAUGCCGCAGUUUCAUUGAUUUGGCCCCUGCAUCAGAGAAAGGGAUGCUGUGGCUGUCGCUGGUUUCUGAGAUGCUGUACAUCAUUCUGCUGCUGGUUGGCUUCAGCCUCAUGUGUUUAGAGCUGGUCAGCUCCAGCAACGUCAUCGAUGGACUCAAGCUCAAUGCCUUUGCUGCCGUCUUCACUGUCCUCUCAGGUCUUCUCGGUAUGGUGGCUCAUGUGAUGUACACUCAGGUCUUUCAGGUCACCGUCAGCCUCGGUCCACCGGACUGGAGGCCCUACAAUUGGGUCUAUGGCUGGUCCUUCUGCAUGGCCUGGGCAUCCUUCACCUGCUGUAUGGGUGCGUCAGUCACCACCCUCAACUCGUACACGAAGACCGUCAUAGAGUUCAGGCACAAACGUAAGACCUUUGAGCAAAGCAUUCGGGAGGAGCAUGCAAGGGAGGCUUUCGGAUACUUCCGAGAUACCUCUGUGCACUCCAUCUCCAAAUCCGUGGAGGUUUAUCCGAGCCAGAGCCUGAAAAGUGGCAGGAAAAUUCCCCUACCCGCUGACUCUCUGGACCUGAGUGACAUUGCAGCAUCUUUAGGGGAAGAACAGUGCUGAGUGUGAAGGGACAGUAUAGGUGGUGGCGUUUCUUUCGGUGUGGCAGCUUGAUGGAUGGAGGUGUUGUUGUCCCACUCUGCUUUGUGGUCGGUCCGGGAUCAAGGCCUCAAGGGAUCAUCAGCUCCAUCUGAUGCAUUUCAACACUGCCUUAAUGAAAAAGGUCGUAGGGAUUCAAGUCACACAAGGUCAAAGUUGCUGAAUCAAACUGAGAACUGGCCACAUGGACAUGAUCUGAAAUCAUGGAUAAGGGCGUUUUCUCUGUUUGUGUAACUUACCAAAAUGUAAAUUUAAAGUGUAACCCAAUCCUUAUCGUGAAGGUCAGUUGGAUGAUAAUCGCCUUAUUCAGUUUCAGUCAAUCUAUAAAUCAAUGCAAAUGAUGUUCUAAUCACAAAGACAUGGUGUAACUGCUGUUUAUUAAAUGUGAAAUACUUAAACUGCCUAGAUGCAAUAUAUACAGUGAGGGCCUGAAGUUUUUAGACAGUUACACAUUUUGCGUUCUUCAGGCUCUGAGCUUCAGCACAUUCAAUCUCAAAUUUAAUAAUGAACAGUUGUGCAAAGUCUCAGCUUUGAUUAGACCAGAUUCACGUCAUCAUAGAACUGUGUGUGAUGAAGUCCUUUAAAUGCGUAGCACCUAAGUUGGUAGUGUAAUAUGGUUGUUAGCAACUAUUUUCUUUAGCAGCUGUCAACCUUAGUUUGUGCACAAAAAGAGAUCAUACGUGUCUGUUGAGUUUCCUGUGACCUUAAUUGAAAAUAAACUAAAUCCAUUGCCGUGCACAAUAAGGAAUGAAUGUGAUGUGAUAAAUGUAAGAGUCCAUUUGGCGCUUAGUCUCCUUGUGAUGGAUAUGGAGAUGUUUAAGGAAGACUAGAGGUGACGGGGAGGAAGAGGGUCGCAUUGAAUCAUUGAAUCUACAGCUGAAUGCAACAGAGACGAGAGGAGAUUUUAAGUUUGACAGAAAAAAACGACAUUAUUUAACCAAGACUGGCAGCAUGUUACGUUUAAAGUAAAUCUUAAAGAUUCCUCUAAAGUUAAGUUCCUCUGUGACAAUGACAUCUUGCAUGUAUGUUAAAUUUGAAUCAUUACUAUCGAAUCACAACUAUACAUAUAGCUUACUCUGUUGGAAAUCAAAAAUAUUAAUGUAUAUAAAAACAUUAACUCUGCUGAUAUCAUAAAUAAUCAUCCAAAGAUUGUCAUUCCACAUUUUUCAACUGCUUUCAACAAUGUGAGAGAUAUGUAAUAUGCUGUCACAGACAGCACAGUUUUGGAAGUGUUAUUGUCAUAAAGCAAAUUUCUUACUUUGCUUUGGUCUAUUUUUAUUUUAUUUAUGUCUCCUUUACUCACUGACAGCGAGCCAGGUCAAAUCAGGAAAGGCAUGUUGUAUUAAUGAUAGCCAAGUAUUAUAAAAAUACUAACUAAUGAUGUAUUUUUGUGUGAAAUGCUCUCUGAAACAAAAUAAAAGAUAAUUUUUGGGCUAUUUAUGGCAGGUUCAGUGUGACAGCUGUUACCUAUGGUUCCAUGCAGAGUGUCUGGAGAUAAAUCCAGCACCGAUUCGACAGCCAAAACCGCAGAAUGGAGCUGCUCUCUGUCACAAACAACUUUCUAUUAUCUUCAACUAUCUCACACACAGUUCUUUCUAUACUGAUGCGCAGCUACUCAAAUUCAAGCUGAGACUUGGCACUGUUAUUAUUCAUUUCAUUAUUCAUCUCAAUGUGCUGAAGCUCAGAACCCGAAGAACAAAAUAUGUGUUGUCGACCAAAUACUUCCAGCCUCUACUGUAAAUUGUAAAUAGGUUGUGGAGUGAAAGUGUGCAUAUGUACACAGAGAGGUUAUGGAAAACUGUAUAUUGUUAUUUUUCUUGGAUACUUCAUG